CACUUUUGGCGCGGCCGCGAGCGAGCGAGGUAGCGGGCGCGGUAUGUGAGGCUCGGCUCGCCUCGGCCUUGCGCGGCGGCCGCGGUGCUCACGGACGCUGGCGUAGGCGGUGAAGGGCCAGGGCGGCCACGCCUCGCGCACGCCGGGCCGGGACGCGCGCCCCCAGGGCGCCCGCGGGACCAUGAAGAAGUUCUCUCGGAUGCCCAAGUCCGAUGGUGGCAGCGGCGCGGCAGGCUUAGGGGCCGGCGCGGCGGGAGCCGGCGGCGGCGGCGGCUCCUCCGUCGGGGUCCGGGUGUUCGCGGUCGGCCGCUACCAGGUCACCCUGGAGGAGUCACUGGCUGAAGGUGGAUUCUCCACAGUUUUCCUAGUGCGGACUCAUGGUGGAAUCCGAUGUGCAUUGAAGCGAAUGUAUGUAAAUAACAUGUCAGACCUCAACAUUUGUAAAAGGGAAAUUACAAUUAUGAAAGAGCUGUCUGGUCACAAAAACAUCGUGGGUUAUUUAGACUGUGCUGUUAAUUCAAUUAGUGAUAAUGUAUGGGAAGUGCUUAUUUUAAUGGAAUAUUGUCGAGCUGGGCAAGUAGUGAAUCAGAUGAAUAAGAAGCUGCAGACAGGUUUUACAGAACCAGAAGUGCUACAGAUAUUCUGUGAUACCUGUGAAGCUGUUGCAAGAUUGCAUCAGUGUAAAACCCCAAUCAUUCACCGAGAUCUGAAGGUGGAAAAUAUUUUGUUAAAUGACAGUGGAAAUUAUGUACUUUGUGACUUUGGCAGUGCCACUAAUAAAUUUCUUAAUCCUCAAAAAGAUGGAGUUAAUGUGGUAGAAGAAGAAAUUAAAAAGUAUACAACUCUGUCAUACAGAGCUCCUGAAAUGAUCAACCUUUAUGGAGGGAAACCCAUCACCACCAAAGCUGAUGUCUGGGCCCUAGGAUGUUUACUAUAUAAACUUUGUUUCUUUACUCUUCCUUUUGGUGAAAGUCAAGUUGCUAUCUGUGAUGGCAGCUUUACCAUCCCGGACAAUUCUCGGUACUCCCAUAACAUACAUUGCUUAAUAAGGUUCAUGCUUGAACCAGACCCAGAGCAUAGACCUGAUAUAUUUCAAGUAUCUUAUUUUGCUUUUAAAUUUGCCAAAAAGGAUUGUCCAGUAUCCAACAUCAAUAAUUCUUCAAUUCCUUCAGCUCUCCCUGAACCUAUGACUGCUACUGAAGCAGCUGCUAGGAAAAGCCAAAUGAAAGCCAGAAUAACAGAUACCAUUGGACCAACAGAAACCUCAAUCGCACCAAGACAAAGACCAAAGGCCAACUGUACUACUGCCACUCCCAGUGUGCUGACCAUUCAAAGUUCAGCAACUCCUGUGAAAGUCCCUGCUCCUGGUGAAUUUGGUAAUCACAGACCAAAAGGAGUCUUGAGACCUGGAAAUGGACCUGAAAGUUUACUUGGGCAGGGUAUCCCUCAGCAGCCGCCACAGCAGCAUAGAGUCCUCCAGCAACUCCAACAGGGAGACUGGAGAUUACAGCAGCUUCAUUCACAGCAUCGCCAUCCUCAACAGCAGCAACAGUUACUUCAGGAUGCUUACAUGCAGCAGUACCAGCAUGCAGUGCAACAGCAACAGUUACUUCAGCAGCAGUUUUUAAUGCAUUCAGUAUAUCGUCCACAACCUCCAACAUCACAGUGUCCUACAGUGAUGCAGCAGUAUCAGCAGGCUUUCUUGCAGCAGCAGCAGAUGCUAGCUCAGCAUCAGCAGUCUCGACAGCAGGCGUCACCUGAAUAUCUUACCUCCCCUCAAGAGUUCUCACCAGCCUUAGUUUCUUACACUUCAUCUCUUCCAGCUCAGAUUGGAACUGUAAUAGACUCCUCUUACAGUGCUAGUAGGUCAAUGUCUGAGAAAGACAAGGUUGCAAAUUUUACAAACCAGAAGAACAUCAGUAACCCACCUGAUAUGUCAGGGUGGAAUCCUUUUGGAGAGGAUAAUUUUUCCAAGUUAACAGAAGAGGAAUUGUUGGACAGAGAAUUUGACCUUCUAAGAUCAAACAGGCUCGAGGAGAAAGCAUCCUCAGAUAAGAAUAUAGACCCACUUUCUGCUCCAUGUACCCAUCCUCCAGAAGAUCCUUUUGGUUCUGUUCCUUUCAUUUCUCAUUCAGGUUCUCCUGAAAACAAAGUUGAACAUUCAUCCAUGAAUCAAGAAGUUAACACUGCAUCUCCUAUCAGGAAUGGUAAAGCAAGUCCAGUAUCUAACGAUCAGCAGAUUGGAAAGAAAAUUUUAGAGAAUUCAUCAGUACAGGGUCAAGUGCAAAAGGGGAAUGACGACUCUGAAAGUGAUUUUGAAUCAGAUCCCCCUUCUCCUAAGAGCAGUGAAGAGGAAGAGCAAGAGGAUGAAGAAAUUCAGGGUGAACAAGGAGAUUUUAAUGAUGAUGAUACUGAACCAGAAAAUCUGGGUCAUAGGCCUCUCCUCAUGGAUUCUGAAGAUGAGGAAGAAGAAAAACAUAGCUCUGAUUCUGAAUAUGAGCAGGCUAAAACAAAGUACAGUGACAUGAACCCUAUCUACAGAGACAAACUUGACAGUGGACCAGCCCAAGACCCUAAUACAGCAUUCUUCACUCCGGUUCAUUUACCUGCUAAUGCUGGGAUAGACAGUCCCAAACAAGAGUUUGAUGUAUUUGGUGCUGUCCCGUUCUUUGCAGUUCACACUCAACACUCUCAGCAAGGACAGAAUGAAAAGAACCUCUCCAAACAGACAUUUGCUUCUGUGGGACUAGAUCAAGAGGAGUUUGAUGUAUUCACAAAGGCCCCCUUUAGCAAGAAGGUGAAUGUGCAGGAUUGCUCUGUAGCGGGACCCGAGGCACAUUCUCUACCUGGUUGUCCCAAAAGUGUAGAUAUAUUUGGCUUCACUCCCUUUCAGCCCGUUUCCACAUCCACAAGUAAAAGUGAAAGCAAAGAGGACCUUUUUGGGCUUGUGCCCUUUGAGGAAAUAACUGGGAGUCAGCAGCAAAAAGUCAAGCAGCGCAGCUUACAGAAACUGUCCUCUCGCCAAAGGCGCACAAAACAGGAUAUGUCCAAGAGUAAUGGGAAGCGGCAUCACGGCACACCAACCAGCACAAAGAAGACUUUGAAGCCUACCUACCGCACUCCAGAGAGGGCUCGCAGGCACAAAAAAGUCGGCCGCCGAGACUCGCAAAGCAGCAAUGAAUUCUUAAGCAUCUCAGACUCCAAGGAGAAUAUUAGUGUGGCACUGACUGAUGGAAAAGACAGAGGGAAUGUCCUACAAUCUGAGGAGAGUCUGUUGGACCCUUUCGGUGCCAAGCCCUUCCAUCCUACAGACCUGGCAUGGCACCAGUCACAUCAAAGCCUGAGUGACAUCUGUGCUGAACACAGUACUGUCCUGCCUGGGAGGCCAAGACAGAACUCACUGCAUGGGUCAUUCCAUAGUGCAGAUGCGUUGAAAAUAGAUGACUUUGGUGCCGUGCCCUUUACAGAACUUGUGGUGCAAAGCAUCACGCCACAACAGUCCCAACCGGUUGAAUUAGACCCAUUUGGUGCUGCUCCAUUUCCUUCUAAACAGUAGAUACUUCUGAUGGAUUCUUGGCAUUAACUCCUGUUUCAAAAGAGUGUAAAUAGUUUUAUGAAUCUUAAAAUUUAUUUGUGUAGCUCUUUAUAUCACUCAUUCUUAAAAGUUAAUCCAGUUAGGUGAUUUUUAAAUAAGCUAAAUAGAAAAAAGAAGUCUCCCUACAGGGUAGUAACCAGAUGCUUCUAAGCAGGAGAAAAAGGAGCUCAAUUGUGAAUUGAUAGCUCUGAGAAUGGGUUUCUGGUGCUGACACUAGGACAGAAAUAAAUGCAAGGGGGCACCUUGCAGUGAAAGCUCAUGGCACCUUUUCAGGUGUGCAGUCACCGAAAAGGGACAGGAAAGCCGUAUCGUUAUUCCUGUAUCACUUAUGUGCUUAUUCAGGUUCACUCCAGAUCCAGCAUUUAAAUCUAGGCUCAUUUGUACAUAGGUUACAUUUGUGAAUAUUUCAUACAAUGAAAAAUAACUCGUAAAGAACUAAGAAGAUACUGUUUGGACAGUAUAGAUGUCAACUCAUACACCUUUCUUUACAAAGCAGAGCCAGAAGUAACUAUUGUGCCUAAAAUGUUGCAUUUUAAAAACAAGUGCCAUUAAUACGGAAUAUCUAAUAAUUAUAUGAAACAAUGUGUAUGUUAAUUAGCUUAAUUUUGCCCUUCUAUGAUGUAUACAUAUUUUAAAAUAUGUUGUACAUGAUAUAUAGUUUUUGUCAAUUAAUUUAAAAAAUGGAAUAUCUAAUAGAAGCCUAGAACACAAACAUAAAGAGAAAUAUCUGGCAUUUAAAAAAAUGAUAUAUAAGAAUGCAAAACAUUCAAGACUCAUACAAACAUUUUAUAUUGUUUUUAAGUGGCUUCUUGCCAGAGUCUUUUGUUAUGAUGUCCCUAAUAAGCAGAUUAUUGGGGGGAAAAAAAACCCAAGAGUGAGGAAAAAGGGUAUCUGGAUAUUUUCAAGAGAAAAAUGCAGUUGAAACUUACUAUUUAAGAUGUUUACAAUGUCAAAUCACAUUGUUUUUAAUAAUGUGCUUUAUUAAAUUACCACCUUCAAAUGUUCCCCAAGUCAUGAGCAGCAGUUAGCUUUCUUAGGUUUGGAGGGGAAGUAUUUUUAAUAAAGUACACAGAGCAGACACCUAUGAAGCCUUACAGGCAGGACUGCUUCCUGCUGUAAUACCUCUGCCCUGGCACCAGACCUGAAAAUGGAGUAAUGCGAAGGGCAAGGCUACCAUCUUGAUUCUGCUAGCCAACUGUCUUUACUGAGAGAGCCCAGCUACUACAUGGCCUUUUUGUUUUUAACAAAAACAAAACAAACACCACAAAUCCUAAUUAGAAACUUGAGAUUUUUAUAGAAAUUUAAGGAUAGUAAUUACAUAUAUGAGUUAAUGUGAACACAGUAGCUAUGCUUCCAGAGUGUGUGUUGUUAUAAUUGUCUUUCACUAUCAGCUUAACAUUGGAAAGUUUCUAGAACUGUUAAGGCUAUUUACAGAAAAGCGUGGAAACUUUCAACUUAAACUCUCUUCUUGAUUGCUAUAUUUUAAAUUCUUUGCACCCAGUUAAAGUGUAUUCUUUAAUCUUACUAGAAUCUCUUAAUUAUAUCUCAGUAGGAUAAGCUGUCUGUUUUCAGUUCUGAACUUGGGAGGAAGCACAUCUGUGUAACUAAAUCACAUGUUCACUCUUGGUUGCUUCAUUUUCCCUGUUAGGUAACUUGGAAAUUUGUGAGUGGGGAAGACAUCUGUGACUCAGCGUGCAGCAGAGGCUGAGCAAGCGGCACAUUGCCACUCACACUUGUGCUCUUAGAGCUGAACUGCACCAAUUGUUCUUGUGCCAAAGGCAGAUAUGUUUGCACCUUUUUUUUCCCUCCUUGAUUCUCAGGUUAAUAGUGCUAAUGCAAAUGUUCACAUAGAUGUUCUUUAAAAACAGAGUCAAGUGAUUCUUUCAAAAGAGUGAAUUCAUGAACUAUAGUAGGUUUGUAUCAAACAGUUUUUUACAAUAGAAACCUGUUGGUUAAUGUGUACACUAUAUACUUGACUAUUACAAUCCUUGGUCUCUGCUAGACCUCAUGAGUUCAUUUAGGAGGGCAACAUAUGAGCUAAUCUGAAAAUACUUUUUACUUGCUUUUAAUACACUGAAUAAUUUUAAAUAAUCCAGAUGUCAGUUGUGAGUUUAGACCUUUUGGUUUGGAGUAUUGGGUAAAUUCUAAAGGAAGUAACUGCCAUAGUUUAAAAUAUUUACCUUAUUUUUUAUAACAUAUCCUGUUGAUUUUCCUCUUCUAAGAUUGUUGCUUAGAGGAAGAUCUAGGAAUAUUCAUGAGAUAGAGGGAAAAUUCCUUUGUUUUGAGGCACUUCCUUAAAGAGCAUUUUUACUUAUCACUUCCCUCACCAUGGUUAAAGUGUCCCAGCUGAUGACCUAGGUAAUUUCCUUGACAGUUAAGCUCCCUUCACACGUGAAAGCAUUUAACAUAGUUCUUGGUGCACUGCACUCUGCAAAAGUUUAGCUCUAUUGUGGAAUUGCUUUUUUCCUGUUUGGGUAUUCCCUAUACCCUACGGAUGCAUGUAGUCCUAACUCUACACCUGCUAUACUUGAACAUCACUAAGGGAAGUAACAAGAGCUAGCAAAAAUCUGAUGCCAAAGUUGUUUCCUAACAGCUUUAACAGUGCUUGAUUUUGAAUCAUCUUUUAAAAAGAGGACCAUUUGCUUAACUAUCCUAAUAUCACCUCAACAAAAUGUUAGUAUUAAAAAUCACCAGCUUUAUGCAUUGAUGACGUUAUGUACUGAGACAUAAAAAUUGGACACAAAAAUAGGUGAAGGAGGAAAGGUUGCAGGUUGGAUGAAAAUGUAACUGAUUAGAAUUUCAGAAUUGCAACCCUCCCUCCCCUCUGGUUAUGUGUGUGUGAAGGCAUAGCUAGGACAUCAUCUGGACUUGCCGACAGAUGUAGCUUUGGAUAUAGCAUAUUGUUUGUGGGCAGGCAAUCGAUUGUUUUUACGCUGGGAGAUGAGAUGAAGGUAGAGCCCACUCUUCCAUGCUGGUGUUCAUCAAGCAGAGCAGUUUUCUCACUACUCAGCUACUCUGCUAGGUUUUCUUUUUAGGCUUUGGUACUUCACAUAAGCACUGUUAGAAGGUACAAGUGUAUUAAUAUCACUAGUUCUGAGUAGUUUGGGUACAUUUGUUUUAAUAUAUGUAGAAUGUAAGGUUAUUAUUUUUCUUUUUGGCAAAACUACUCAACAUUUUAGGUCCAGUUAUUGACAGUCUACUGUGAGAAUGAGAUGACAUAUCUACUGUGAGAAUAACACAAAGGAUAGUUUAUUUGAAAACUUUUAUACUCAGUGGUGUUUUGUACGUUAAGAUUAAAAUUACACACGCACACAUACACACACAUCACAUCACUCUCCUGUGGAGUUAAUGUGAAUUUUUUAAAGAUGGAAUUGCAACUACAAUCAUAACUAAAAGAACAUUCACUCAUAGUGAGGGUUUACAAAAGCCACUAAAAGAAGAAAAUGAUGAAAAUGUAAAGGGUCAUCAUUUUGGGGUUAGUUUUGUUUUAUUUUAAAAUUUUUAGUGCUACUUUUGAAAUGUAUUGUUUUUACUGUUCUCUCUUUUGUGAUUGAAAAGUCAUCUAAUAGCAAUAUAGAAGCUACUUUUUAAUUGCUGGCAAACAGCUUUUAAAGUGCACUUUCUUUGAUUAUACUUCCAUUUUUUUGUUAAAACUUGAAUUUCUGAAGCCUUUUAUGUACCACUAAGCAAAUAAUUUUACCUUUAAAAAAACCUGAUUUACAUCUUUAUUAUAUUUUUAAUUGUAAAAUUUUACUUGCUAAAGUAUCUUUAGUGUUAAAACAUAGCUGAGAAACUUAUGAGAUAGAAUAAGUUGCUUUCCCCCAAUCUAAUGAAGCACUAAUUUUAUUACCUUGUUGUCUUUACAUUGCUUAUUCUUGAAUUCUGUCCCUGAUUCACUGUUUUGUUUGAAAUUUAAAGUUAUUUUCAUAUGUAUUUAUCAUACUUGUUUUAAUAAUCUGCUUUCUUUAAAUGCAAUAAAUCCCCAAUGGAUUACCUAUUCUUUAUAAUCAGUGACUUUGGAGUUUUUCAUUAUCUGUCUUUUAACAUUUUGGAUAUAAACUUCAAUUCUUUCAUUCAUACUAUGCAUGUUAAAGAUGUGGCAGCUAGUGAAAUAUGAAAACACUGGAUCUGUUUUUAAGGCGCUUAUAGUUGAGGAUUUAACUAAGAAAACCCGUUUU